AUGGCCUCCUAUGGCCCAAAGGAGUGGCAAGCUCACAAUGGUCCAGAAGAGAUUGAAAGGAAUCAGGAAAUGCAUAAGGAGCAAAUGGAGCACCAACGAGAGUGCCGGGUUACAUAUGGCUUGUGCUUGGACAUGUAUAUUUCAAUAGUUACAUUUACUGAAUCAAAUACAGCCUCUGAUGUUUUGCCUGAUAAUGAUAUUGAUACCGGUCCUGUUGUUGGUGUCGUGGUUAAUGUCUGUAAUGUCCCUCUUGGUAGUGUGGGUCCCGGCAUUCCAGAUGCUGCUCUUGGUAGCUGUGCUGUCUGUGGUCUUGGUUGUCCUGCUGCUAAAAAGGGUAAAACAGACCAGCCUCCUUCGAAAGAUGACAGUAGUGUUGAGGAAAGCAGUAGUGAAGAGGAAAGCAGUAGUGAUGAGGAAAGCAGUAGUGAAGAGGAAAGCAGUAGUGAAGAGGAAAGCAGUAGUGUUGAGGAAAGCAGUAGUGAUGAGGAAAGCAGUAGUGAUGAGGAAAGCAGUAGUGAUGAGGAAAGCAGUAGUGUUGAGGAAAGCAGUAGUGAAGAGGAAAGCAGUAGUGAAGAGGAAAGCAGUAGUGUUGAGGAAAGCAGUAGUGAUGAGGAAAGCAGUAGUGAUGAGGAAAGCAGUAGUGAUGAGGAAAGCAGUAGUGAAGAGGAUGCGAGCAGUGAUGAGCAGAUCUUCCAGCUAUGCAGAAGUAACAGAUCUUUCACCCCAGAAGAGCCAUGUACAACACUUGAUGAAAAACUGCACAAUUACUAUGUUCCGGUAGUGUAUGCUACGUCAUGCAUGGUUGGCUUUUGUUACAGCAUUGCAGCAUUGUUAGUAUACCUGUUUGGUUUAAAAGAAUGGAGUCGAAGUAAUAUAUUUCUCUUUAACUUGCUUUUAACUGAUUUACUUUAUUUGUGCACACUGCCUUUACUUGUGGCAUAUUAUACUAGUCAUGACAUCUGGUAUUACGGAGAGUUUCUUUGCAAAUUCACCAGGUAUUACUUCCAUGCCAACUUGUACACAAGUAUCCUGUUCCUUGGUUGUGUGAGUGUGGAUCGUUAUCUUCUCAUUGCCCACCCUGUGAAAUCGGCACAGGUUUUUAAGAAAUGGCAUGCUGCUGUAGUGUGCAUAAUAAUAUGGUUUAUUGUAAUAUUUGAACUCUUGCCAAUUUUUUUUCUUGUUACAGUAAAAGAAACAAAUUCUACAGGUAUACUAUGCCUAGACUAUGCCAGUUCUGGAGAUAUAACAACAACGUUCCAGUUCAGCAUGAUUGUCACAUUUACUGGGUUCUUGAUUCCUUAUGGCAUUAUUGUUUGCUGUUAUAUAUUAAUUGUAAGAGUAUUAAAAAGAAUGAAACAGAGAAAACAAAAUGCAGACAAGGUUGGAAAGCCUCUUACUCUUAUAAUAUUUGCUUUAGUCCUUUUCUCAGUUUCUCUUUUCCCAUAUCAUGUAAUGAGAAAUGCUCGCAUAAUUUCAAGGAUGUUAUUUGAGCCAGAUAGCUGUGCUAUUAUUUUAAUUAAAGCUGCUUACAUAUUCACUAGACCCAUCACUAGCUUUAACAGUUGCUUGAAUCCUGUAUUUUAUUUUCUAGUAGGAGAUAAUUUUAGAGACAAAUUAGUUUCAUUAUUAUUGAGACAAAAACAGCAAAGAAAAUAA